AAUACUUGUAACAAUUUAAUGUUAAAAAUAAAGCUAAUAAUCAGUCAAAUUAAAGUCGAUUAUAAUAAAAUGUAAUCGUGAAUACAUGGUGACAUCUAUAUUUCGAUAUGAGAAAAAUAUUUUCGAUGUUUGCUGAAAAUAUGUUCAUUGAAAGUAGCACGAUUGAAAAGCUGUUUAAAUGUGUAGUCUGUGAAAAAUGACUUCAUCAGAGCCACCGAUAGCUUCUAAUCGGAAAUGGCCAUUUCUUCGAUCAACCAAAAUAGCCCUGAUUUCAAUUGUGAUCUGGAUAUUUUUCUCUCUCUUCUCUGACAAUCAUUACAUUCAACAUUUCAUUCCUAUCUUCAUUGAGACUUUACCGCGAACUGACAGCUUCUCUCUAGUCUCUAGCAUUAAUUCAGAUCAAAAAAAUUCCAAUCUUGAUUCUCGAUCUAUGCAUUUUAAACCAUCAUUAAAGUUCCAUGAAGGAGUAAUAAUAGAUAAACAAGUGACUAACUGUGAUUUACCUUACCUCUGUCCACCCAACUCCUUUCCACUGUCUCUAAAUACUGGACAAGAUAAUCAAAAAUAUCCUGAACUCUGCAUCGAUGGUAAAAUAGUUAUGAGUAAAGGCACUAAUAACUGUGGUCGAGGAAUAAACGUGGCCAUAAUCGACAAUGUAACUAGAACAGUUACUCGAGUAGUCAACUAUGAUACUUAUGGCACAGAUUCAUCUAAUUUGGAAACCAUGCUAUUAACCUUGCGGCGAGGUGAAAUCAUCAUCCUUUUAACAUUUGACGAACCAUCAACUAAAUUGAGUACUGUUGCUCGUUUAUUGCUUCAUGAACUUGGAAGUUCUCAGGCUCAAAAUCUUCAGUUUAGGACAAGCUGGUAUUUUAUUACCUUUAAAGGACUUACUGGUUAUUCGCCUUAUGAAGAAAUAGCUUUCCCAGGAACAACUGGUUGGGGUAAAUCGCUUUCUUUGAACACAUGUUUACCAUUUUCAUUUGAAGGGCAAAUGAUCAAACCAGAUACAACAGUAAUUGACAAUGAAUCACGAGUUAAGUUUUGCGAAAACUAUGGGAAACAUUGGCCUUUGUUUUGUGACAAUAACUUGGUUAAUGAUCCUUUGGUAACAUCUAAAAUAUAUCACCCACUACCAAUUAGUCCUGAAAUCUUGCGAACUCCGCUUGUUGUUGUAAACAGCCGCUGUGAUAAUCAAUAUUUCCCUUUACUUUUAGAGACAAUUUUACGUCAACCCGAGCUUAAGCCAAACAAAGUAAUGGUCGCUAUAAAAGCCAAUUGCCACCCUUCAAUCAAUCAGCUAAUUAAGGUUUUUAGUUUCGAGGUAUUUCAGACUCGCACGGAUAAUAGUCAAUAUCUCAAUACUAUUCUUGAUCAUGUUGAAAGAUUCUAUCGUUAUGCUCAUCAGUUGAUAUUAGUUGAUGAUUCCGUUGUGCUUGCUCCAGACUUCUUACCCUUUAUGGGACAGUUAUUGCCUUUGCUUCACUAUUCCGAUGCCAAAGUUAACUUCAUAUCUGCUUGGAAUGAAAAUGGCUUUACUAACACUUCGACUGAUCCUAGUCUGGUUUACAGAGUUGACAAUGCUCAUUACCCUAUCAGGUUAGCUUUUAUGAUUAAGCGGGGAACAAGGCUAUCGACUAAUCAGUUGGAUGGAUCUUUAUGGUCACUCGAACUGUUUAAUAUUCAAGGAAACCAAAUCAUUGGUGAUGGCAUAAUUCCUGAUCAGUCCAGAGUCUUGCCUACUUGGAAGAUCGGUAUUAAUGGUCCUGUCUAUGAAGCUAAUAGUAUUGUCGAUCAGACUUAUGAUGGCGAUCAAGAGCGGAGUGUUUGUCUAGAAGAAGAAGUUCUCUUGGCCGACAUUUAUUCUUUGAUUUCUCAAGACAAUUACAUUCUCAAAACCACGUCCUUAAUCAACGAAAGUGACAAAUUCAAAUCGCUUGAAGACUGGAAAACAAGUGCUAAGAAUCAAACUAAACCAAAGAAAGUAACAUUAAUUUGUCAAAAUAUGGAAAGCUGCCAAAGAUAUUGCUUUCAUUUUGGAAUCGUUCAUUGUUCAUUCCAAUUCAAUAUUCCUACUCUAGGCAGAGUUUUGAGGUUUACAUCGGGUCUCGAUAAAACUAUCUUUAUAAUCAAUGGAAAGUUCUGAUGGCCAGUUUCACGGAUAUACUUGAUAUAUAAUUUAUUUGAUUAUUUUUUCAUUCCAAA